AUGAACUCUUUCGUUAACGACAUCUUCGAACGCAUAGCCGCAGAGGCCUCGCGCUUGGCUCAUUACAACAAGCGUUCGACUAUUACUUCACGGGAAGUGCAGACCUCCGUGAGACUGCUGUUGCCCGGACUUAAGCCUAAAAAGGCUCCGGGCGCGGAUGGCAUCUCCAACCAAGCCCUAAAAAACUUUCCUGAGCAGGUGCUAACCCUUUUAUCUAUUAUCUUCAAUGCCUGCUUCAACCUUAGUUACUUUCCCACUACGUGGAAAGAGGCAACUUGUAACGUAACAAUGGCACGUACUAAGCAGACCGCUCGGAAAUCCACCGGUGGUAAAGCGCCGCGUAAACAACUGGCCACCAAAGCAGCCCGUAAGAGCGCACCAGCAACCGGCGGUGUUAAGAAACCACAUCGCUACAGGCCCGGUACCGUCGCUCUCCGUGAGAUUCGUCGCUACCAGAAGAGCACCGAGCUCCUCAUCCGCAAAUUGCCGUUCCAACGUUUGGUGCGUGAAAUCGCUCAGGAUUUCAAGACCGACCUCCGCUUCCAGAGCUCCGCCGUGAUGGCCCUUCAAGAGGCUAGCGAAGCUUACCUAGUCGGGUUGUUCGAAGAUACCAACUUAUGCGCGAUUCAUGCAAAACGCGUAACCAUUAUGCCGAAAGACAUACAGUUGGCGCGCAGAAUUCGCGGGGAACGAGCUUAA